CCCACCUCCCACGCAUACACGCAUGGCCCGCCGCACCCGCUUUAUUUUGUAAACAUUAAAUAGGAUAGUAGACAAGAAUAAGCGGCAUCAGCUCACAGAACGAAAUCUCUAGCGAAAAUAUACAGAUUGACAGGUUUUCCAUUCUGAAGAUUGGGAUGAUGCUUCUUGUAUCUUUCUCAUCAUGGUCCUAAUGUUAUGAACUUCAUUCAGUAUAAAUCUCCACUGUGAAUUUCAUCAUUUAUUGGACACCAGUCCUGCCGGGUUACAUUCGACCACCGCAGUUGCACGGGUUGUAUUACCGGUACCCACAAGUUACCACCACGCCUUCCAUCCAUCCAUCUGGAGAUUGGCCUCCUGCAUUUGAUAUUUGUGGAAUCAUUUACGUCGAUGGAAUAACAUUUGACAGGUGGCUGUAGGAUCAGUUGGGUUUCAAGUAGUAAAGGAUUUAGGAAUCACCAGCCAUUUUAUAAUGGAGUUAUGGAAUAGUAUCAUGUGGAGAGGCACAGCAGUGCUGUUGUUUCUGACAACCUUGUAUUUUACAAGAGGAGAUGCAAGCCUGUCAUUGGAUGUGGAUGGUAGCCAUGUCUGUACAAUAACAGAAAGUUAUUUCCAGACCCUGACAGCAUCAUAUAGUGAGCCGUUUGAUCAGAUAUACUACACCAAGUGUACAGACAUCACAAACUGGUUUAAGUGCACAAGAAGAAGGACGAGGUACAGAGUUCGGUAUCGUCAAGAAGUGAGGACUCGCUAUCGCAAGUUGAGGCUGUGUUGUAGUGGGUACCAUCAGAGAGAGAAUAUGUGCAUACCUAUUUGUUCCAGUCCCUGUGUCCAUGGAACAUGUUCUGCUCCAGAUCUAUGUACCUGUGAAGCUGGAUAUAGGGGUGAUACAUGUGAAAGUACUUGCCCAGAUAAGAGAUGGGGUAGUAAUUGUCUAAAUCGUUGUCAAUGUGCGAAUGGAGCAUCAUGUGACCCGACGGACGGAAGCUGUUCCUGUCAAGCUGGCUUUUCAGGUCCCACUUGUUCGGAUCCAUGUCCUGCGAAUACUUAUGGUCCAGGGUGCCUCUUAGAGUGCCAGUGUGAGAAUGGGGGUAGAUGUGACUCGGUAACAGGUGCAUGCUCAUGCCCCCCUGGAUAUCGACUGCCCUUGUGUCAUGAUUAUUGUCCUGAGGGUACACAUGGAGCAAACUGUGCCAGCCAAUGUCAAUGUCAGAACAAUGGUGUCUGUCACCCUGCUACUGGAAAGUGUACAUGUAAACCAGGAUGGAAGGGUGCAGUGUGUGCUGUGCCAUGUCGGAAAGGCCGGUUUGGCCAGGAUUGCAGUGAGCGUUGUACUUGCUUCAAUGGUGCCUCCUGUAACCCUGUCAAUGGCACGUGUCAGUGUCCUAAGGGAUAUCAAGGAGAUCAGUGUGAAAUGCAAUGUCUUUCAGGAACCUUUGGCAUCAACUGCCAUCAGCAGUGUCAGUGUCAGAAUGAAGGACGCUGCUCUACCGUCGAUGGCAGCUGCAGCUGUCAAGAUGGAUUCCUUGGGCAGUAUUGUGAAGAGAGCGUAUGUCCUUCAUGGAAGUAUGGAAAUAACUGUUCGAGUCUCUGUAGUUGUAAUAUUGAACACUCUACAAGUUGUCAUCCCAUAACUGGACAGUGUAAGUGUAACACCGGCUAUGUUGGUUCAGAAUGUGAUUUUACAUGCCCUCUUGGUUCUUAUGGCAAUGGUUGUUAUCAGAUAUGUGAAUGUCAAAAUGGAGCUCAUUGCAACACUGUAGAUGGAACUUGUACAUGUGCACCUGGAUGGCAGGGAAGAAUCUGUAACGAGACAUGUCCUGUUGGUAGCUACGGCCACAGUUGCCAGGCAACAUGCAACUGUCAGAACGGAGCCACCUGUCAUCAUAUAGACGGAGACUGUAUCUGCGCCCCAGGUUGGAGAGGAGUUCACUGUAAUCUUCCAUGCCAGAAUGGUUACUUUGGAGAUGGAUGUAGUAGAUUAUGUGAUUGUGGGAACGGAGCAUCAUGUCAUACCGUUACUGGAGAGUGUGAAUGCACUCCUGGAUGGUUACAACCCUCUUGUCUAACAGCUUGCAAUCCAAUGGCCUUUGGACCCGAGUGUGUCAAUACAUGUAGUUACUGUGAAAACUCUUCAACCUGUUCUAAUGUUGAUGGUGUCUGUCAAUGUAAUAAUCCUUUCACAGGUGUACUAUGUUCCAGUACUUGUCCCAAUGGUUUCUGGGGACCUUCUUGCUCUCAGACAUGUCACUGUGAGAAUGAAGGUUCAUGCGAUCCUGUGAAUGGGACAUGUCUAUGUCCACCAGGAUUCACUGGAGAGUUCUGUGAGUUAGUUUGUGAUGAAGGUACAUACGGCUAUAAUUGUGGGUACCCCUGUCCUGGUGUAUGUAUGAAUGGUAAUGCUACCUGUCAUCCAAGAGAUGGGAGUUGUACCUGUCUUCCUGGCUAUCAAGGAGCUAACUGUGAUAGACCAUGCCCUGCUGGAUUCUAUGGUGUUGGAUGUUUACAGGAAUGUGCUUGUAGUAAGAAUUCAACAUGUAACCCUGUCACUGGGCAAUGUGAAUGCUUACCUGGAUGGAUUGGACCUGAUUGUAGUCAAAGAUGUCCAGAAGGUCGGUAUGGUUAUGGAUGUUCUUUCACCUGUGACUGUGCACAAGGUGCAUCCUGUGAGCCAUAUGAUGGAGAAUGUUUGUGUCCUAUUGGAUUUGGUGGACCAAGGUGUACAGAGAGUUGUCCCAAAGGAAGAUAUGGUGAAGGCUGUAACUUUGAAUGUGAAUGCAAUGAAGAAGGUACAGCAUCAUGUAGCCCACUGAAUGGACAUUGUGAUUGUAGCACCGGUUACAGAGGACAUCGCUGUGAAAAAUUGUGUGUACCAGGAACAUAUGGAAUCAACUGUCAGUUUGACUGCAAGUGUCAGCAUCAGUCAGACUGUAAUCCUAUAACUGGACAGUGUGAUUGUUCACCUGGAUGGAUUGGUGAUACAUGUCAAUUAAAAUGUCCACCAAGUCACUAUGGUAUGUUCUGUAAUAAGACAUGUUCAUGCCCAGGUAAAGCUGAAUGUGAUCAUGUGAGUGGACAGUGUUUAUGUCCAGCUGGUUUCUAUGGUGAAGAUUGUAAACAAGUUUGUGGGCCAGGAUUCUAUGGAUCAAACUGCAAGGAGACAUGUAACUGCCCUAAUUCUAACUAUGUAUGUGAUUCAGUCAGAGGAUGUGUAUGUCCUGAUAAUGUCUAUGGUGGCCAGUGUAAUAUUGCUGGAAUCAAGAACCAACAAACAGGUCUGAUGUCUGGUGGACCAAUGAUUGGUAUUAUAAUGGGUAUUAUUAUCUUCAUACUUAUUAUUCUACUAAUGUUGGUGUUCCUAUGGAGAAGAAGAUACAGAGGUAAACCAGACUAUGGAUUUGCUAUCUCAUAUUCAAGAGGUGAUAUGAUGAACUCAUCUGGUCCUACUGUGGUAUCCAAUGGUAACGCUCAUAGUUUACCUCCAGCCAGAGACUCACCUGUAGGAGCUAAGGGUAACAACAAACUCAAACUACAGAAUGUCAAUCCUUUAUUUAUGGCACCAGUUAAAAAUAUUGAAGAUGACAGCAUUUGUGGGGGCGCUGUUGGAGGCAAAUCAUUUGACUCUAACUGUGAAAAAGCUACUAACUCUUAUGAGUGCAUACCUCCAGCUGUCCCACCUCUUAGAACUAAUAUCAAUCAAUUUGAUGGCAAAGAACCAAAUAAAAUACAACCUGGAAAAUCAAAAAUUUUUAAACAGGCUAAGAACAGCAGCCCAAUUAUGAACCGUUACUCUAUGCCUGGAGAUUCAACGGAGAAUAUCUAUGCUGAUAUAGAUGAAAUGAUGUUAGGUCAAGCUAGGAAAGCUUCUCAACCACUACCACCAGUACCUGAUAACUAUUCUAGUAUACCAAGAAAUACACCAGCAUUGCCAUGUCAAGAACCUCUUUUAUCAUCAAUGGAGGAAUCAACUAUGAAGAGUAGUACGUUACCAUCUCAGCUGUCAGACCAAUCUCAUAUGUAUGAUAACACACCGAGAGGGUUACAUUCUACCAGUCUCUCUGGAUCAUUACCAACCACACCACAUAUUGAACAAGAUGAGUUUAUUGAACUCAGUAAGAGAUCAAGACCGACUCUCAAUUCAUAGGCUUUACUUAAUAGUAAACUUCAAUGUAGAUACUUGCUAUACUUUAAGGGUUACAUGGAAUUGUAACUGAGAUGUUGUUGUUAGUUUCAACUUUCCGAACUAUUACCUGGUACACUUCCAUGUGAACAUGGCAUGCCAAAGGACUCAUAACUAAACUCUGUGCCAUCUGCUUCUUCAAGAUCCUGGCAAAAUUGAUACAUUCAGUGAUUGGAUAAUCUUUUACAUCUGGAUCAAUUUGUAUACUCAAUUUUGAAAUGUACAUUUAUAGUUAAAGUUACUCUGUCAUCAUUCUUGUAUAUGAAAAUGGUACAUAUCAUUAAUAUACAGUGAAUCUAUUGUCUUAUACAAUUGGUUUAUAGAAAACAAGUUUUGUAUGAAAGGACCCUUAUGAAUCUUGAGCAAACCAAUCAGUAUUUCAAUUUGUAUGCAUUUUUUUCAUUUAUGAUGCAAGGUAAAUCCAAUUUGAUACAAUAUACUUCAUGGUAUGAUGUGUAUAGUAGCUUUCAGUUUUUCGUUUGCUCAUGUACUUAUUCCAAAUCAGUAGUACCUCAAAGUAUAUUGAAUACAGCCUACUGCUAUGUAAAAAUUUCCAAUAAAAGAUGUAUGCAAGUAAUGCUGUUGUGUAGAAUUCUGGUAUACAUGCGUUUGGUUGAAAUUUCACUAGCUGAUCAUCACAACCUGGAAAUAUCAGUUUGAUUAAAAUGAUUAGACAUAGAUGAAAAUUAUUUGAAAAUGUAAUUGAUGAUAUGUAGGAAAUUAAAGUACAAGAAAUGCAGAUGAAUUUUGUACAUGUAGCUAUGCUUCUUCAUAUGACAUCACUGAUUCAAACCCCAUUUACGUUAAAAGUGAAUUCCUAAAUAUAUCUCCUUAAAAUCAGUCAUAGACUAAUCAUAAUUGAAUUUCCAAAUUGAUCAAGAUUGAAUAGUAUUGCAAAGAACAGGCCUAGGUGGGCAUAAAGUCUAUUUUUUCAUCUAUGUUUUCACCUUUUCUUAAUAAAAAAAAGCAACUCGUGUACUAUAGAAAGAGGGUAAAAAUCAUGUUAAGUUUGUUUGUAUUCUUGAUUUGCAUGUACAUUGUUGGCCGUCUUCUAAAACAGGGUUAAAGUAUAUUUUUCUUCCAAAAACCACUUGCUUCUAUUUAUAUAUCGCUUCUGUUGCCUGUAAACUUGCCAAUUGCCGAUGAACUCAACCAAAUACGAUAUGACAUGAUGCUUGUUAACGUACAAGUAAAUAUGUUUGUUGAAUUGUAUAAAUAACAUGUACGAGUCUUGUUUGUAUUAAACAUCCAAUGCGACAGCUUGUGCUUGAUUAGUUAAUACAUGUACCUUUAUAAUAGUCAUCAGCUACUGUAUAUGUCAUCUUGUGGAUAUGAUAUUUCACAAUUUGCUUCAACAUGAAAAAUUCACAAGUCCAUUUUUGCAAUUUUAUUGCAUUUUUAUUCACUUUGCAUUGAUUCAGAAAGGAAGUAAUUUUAUUCCUUUAAAGUGAAGUUGUGAACAGAUACCGUGAAAUAUUCUAUGUAUACAGUAUUUACGACCUCUAGACUGACCAUUCAAGGCCAUUCUGACUUUAGUCUCAUUGUUGUAACUAUUAUAUACACGUAUAAUAAGGAACAAUACAUUUUAAGAUGUAUUUUCUACCCACCAAAGCAAAUCCCAAAGUUAGAUUGUAUGUUGGUGAUGUAAAAGACAACUUUUUGAUAUUAACUAUAAAAACCUUGUAAUAUAGUAGUUAGUAUGCUAUUUUAUGAAAAAUCAUUUUGUAUAUGAUGUACUUUAUCAACUCUUGGAAUGAAUUCCAUUUUCAUGAUUGUGAAUAUUUAUCAUUUCUGUGUAUAUAAUCAUGCUCAGUUGUAAUAUAAAAUGUAAAGUUUUUAUAUACUUUAUUGCCCAUUAAUUGAAAAGAGGAUACAUAGUCCAAAACGGCAACAUAAUACUCAAGAAAAAUAUUUUCCCUGGAUAUUUUGGGUAAAAUAAAAAUAAUAAAUGCCCAAUGUCUUCCUUUCUCCAGUGUAAUGCUGAUCUUCUGCAUAAUUUUAAUAACAUUGUGGACUGAAGAGAACAUGGACUCAAUGUUCUCAGAAGUAUUCCUUUGUAAUGGUUAAUACCUGGUGGGGGAAAAUUAACAUAUUCACUGUAAAAACUGUGGUGUUAAAACUGACACAAAUUGGUGUUAAUAGAGGACCACACUUUGAGGUGUUAAAAUAACACCAUAGAGAUUGAAUAUAACACCAAAGAGUGUAAAUGUAACAACCAUAGGUGUUUUAAUAACACCUAUAGUGUAAAACCAACACCACACCAAUUUAACACAGGUAUAAAAUAUCUGGUGUGGUCCUCUAUGUACACCGGUUAACACCACAGUUUUUGCUGUGUUCUUGUUAAAUGUACUUUCAAUGUAUUUUGUGAAUUAUAUAAAAUAUUUGUCAGUCAGCCAAAGUAAAAUAUGACAAGAAAAUAAAAUACAUGCACCUUCAAGUUCUAAAAUUUAAACUUCAUGACCUUGCAAUGUGAUUGUUUCAUGAAUCUUUUUUUUUUUUUUGGGGGGGGGGCAAAUUACUGCUCUUAGAUGCAUGAAUGUGUCUUCCUUAUUACAUACCUGGAUUUUCAUACAUAUUUUCUGCUCUUUCAUUUAUGUUUGUGCGUAAUUAUAACUUCUGAAAUAAUAUUAAUAGCAAAAGCAAUUUUACCAUUACCACCUUUCUUCAUUUUCCAAUAACACUUUUUUUUCUACUUGAGUAUAUUGUAAUAAAUCAAUUGAAUUCUUGGAAAUAUAAUUAUGCUUAUUUAAUUCAUUCAUUUGCCAAAUGGUCUGUGUUUUGUAUAAUGUAGUUUUUCCGGAUGAAAUAAUGUAGAUGCAACAAGGUCAUUUGUGCGUUUUGUAAUGAUUGUUAUUUAUCAUAUCAAUCACUAUGAAUUGUAAAAUUAUUAAUACCUUGGGUCUGUUUCAUAAAGACUUGCAACUCUGCCAUUAUACAUUACCAUUGUAACAUUGAUUGUGAUUGGCUGCUUAGCCCUGUUACCAUGUUAAUUGCCAUGAUGUCACUGUUCCCAUAGUUGUAACUCUUUAUGAAAUGUGUCUUUGGUAGGUCUUAUAUUAUUUUCUCAAUCAUCUCAAUGACUAUUUUCAAAUAAAUAGUGUAUGUGUAAUAUAUAUAUAUAUAUAUAUACACCCCCAAAAAUGCUGAAUGUCCAUUACGUAACAGCAGGUUGUUUCCAAAAAUAAGUUGUAAAGGAUAUUUAUUACAUCAAAUGACAGUUGACGUGGCUUUUAUGUCACAAAAUCUUGUACACAAUGAGUUUGUUAUUGAUAAAAAAUGGAAAUUUGAUGUUGACUUUAAAAAAAAUGAAAUUAUGAAAAGUUUAUUAUUAUUGAUUUUAUUCGUAUGGAAAUUCAUAAAUUGUUGACCUUGUAUUAGACUAUGAUCUCUACAGAGGAAGGUUAUUGUACAGUAUGGUGCAAUCUUAACUUGCCUGAAGUCUGUAAAAUAUAUAUUAAUGUCAUACUGUAAUUGUAAAUAUAAUAUUAGUAUUCAUA